AUGGACACUCCGCUUUCUCCAGUCAAACAAACGCCCGAAGCAGGCUCGAGAGCUGUCGAGGGAAGCGGGGCCAGGCUCAUGAUGUCGCUGGCCUCCAUCCUCGGCUGCAUUCCUCUCGUUCGUCUGGUGACCCUGGCCGGCCACACCUUCAAGGGCUCCCUAGAUCCAGGAUUUGCAGCCAACUCACCUAUCGCUCCGUUGACAAGCUCAGCACUCGGCGAGGCCUCAACAAGCAUGCAGAGGCCGGGCACCGGCCUUUUUUCUGCUUUGUUGGCCAUCAUAAAUGUCGCCAGUGCAAAUCAUGAGCCAUGUCUUGUUGGAGAGCUUUCGCAGCCACCUUAUCCUCAGCCUGCAGGAUUGGGCUUCAGCAACGAUCCUCUUCAACAAAACCAACACAACGACUUUCUCAGCGCGUCGGAAGGCGACCUGUCGUUCCCAACCUACCCAGGCAGCUAUGGAGGACUUUAUGGGGGCUUCGAUCCCCAAGGACUUGCUCAUGUUCCCGAAGCUUCGUUGACGCGUGAACCAUUCCACUCCAAAAAUUGUUACCUAUCUCCUCCAGUUAUCGAUGAUCAGGUGACUCAGCCAAUCAACGGGGAGUUCCAAACCCACAAUACGUACCACCACCCUCUCCUGGAAUCUUCAUACCGUCGGCUUUGUUCAACCGACUUGCAGACCAAAAUAUUAGCAGUUUCCGACCAACUAUAUCCCCAAACACCACAUUGCCCUGACAUCUCUCAAGCGACCGGGCCAGUUGGCGGCUCAACACUAGGAUUACUCGUUGGACCGCAGCAACAACAACCCUCAGAUGUUGCAGUACUCAGUCUGUACAGUAACAAAUACCCAGCCCAGGCGAAACUCAACCGACCAGGGCUGCUAAGCGUCAAUAAACCAAUCAAGCUCGACCGCAUAAGAAGCCCAGCCAAUCCCAAGAUUCCGAAGGUCAAGGAAAACUUCUCCUCGCCUUCCCCAUCAUCCAGCAAAGCGAAUGGGAAGCGCAAGGCCAAUGAGCCGAAGCUCCAAGAAACAGACGAAGAGACUGACUCCGAAAGCGAUCAAAGUCAAUCAGACCAGUCGCCUGACGAAGCGCCCCCACCCGCCAAGAAGGGUCGAGGUCGCCCUAGGAAAGCGAUCAUCAAAGAUGCCGCACGCAGACUCAAAGACAUGUGA